AUGAAGCGAGGUCCAUAUAAAUUAUACUUGAGUUCGGACGGUAACGGCAUUAUGCCUCGGUCAACAUUUUAUGAUAAAUUGAAAAAAUAUCGUCUUGAUGUUGUAAAUGAAAACGAACAUAAUCUGGGAUCUCAAAAAGUUUCGGAUGAUGACAGUCAAUUACUUAUGGAAGCUGAGAAUGACAAUUUAAUAUCUCCAGCCUAUCAAAGAAGUCAAAACCUAAUGAAUAUGGAACAAAAUAUAUUUUUUUCUGACAGCUCCUUCCAACCGUCAUGAAACUGAUGAUUGUUAUAAUCAACCACUCUGUCAAUGUACAUCAGUUACUCGUGGAGAAGCAUUGAUGAUGACACUCUCGCUUGGUGCUCAGGAGUCCUUAACAUGGAAAACUAUAACUAGUAUUUUAUCAAUGAUUAAUACAUUAUUUGGAGGUAAUGUGGUUCCAGCAUCCAAAUAUAAAUUAUUUAAAACCUUAGAAUUGAAGAACAGUAGCUUCUCACGACACAUGUAUUGUAAUGAGUGUUUCUUCUACUUUGGAGUUCAGUCUACUACUAGCACUGACGAUUUUGUUUGUCCGAAUUGCGAUGAAAAUUUCAAUCCAUCAAAUGUACCUUUCUUUCUAACGCUGGAUUUUGCUAAUCAAUUAAAACAAAUUUUUGAAAAUUCAGAAAUUCAAGAAGCGUUAUUAAAACGUAUUGAAUGUGAAGAUAAUGAAGAAGGAAAUGAGUUGAAAGAUAUAAACGAUGGAAAAAUUUAUAAGAAAUUAUUGAGUUCUGAAUCGGAAAAUCUUCUGUGUAAUAAAUAUAAUUUUUCUUACACUUUCAACACGGACGGCUGCCAAUUAGCAAAGUCGAGUAAGCUUUCAAUUUGGCCAAUUUAUAUAACUAUCAAUGAAUUGCCGCCAAAAUUAAGAUCAAAAAAUCUCAUUAUGACUGGUAUUUGGGUAGAUAAAGUAGAGCCAGACAUGAAUCUAUUUUUGAAACCGUUUGUUGACGAAGCAAAUGAUCUGUCUAAGACUGGUUUGCAGUGGAAAUUGGGAGAACAAACUAUUACAAGUAAAUUUAUCCCAUUGUGUGCAUGUUUUGAUUCGGUUGCGCGGUGUAAAGUAUUGAAUAUGAAACAAUACAAUGGCAAAUAUGGAUGCACGUUUUGUGAGCAUCCUACAGAAAGCGUCAAUGGCUAUCGGAAAUUCCCAAUAUCAGUGGAUGUACCAGUAGAUAGAACUGAUGAGUCUAUAAAAAAUCAAAUGGUAUUAGCAAGUACAAAUAAAUAUAAACAAGAUGUUAAAGGUGUGUGGGGUCCAUCCCAAUUAAUGAACCUGAAUUACUUCGACUUAGUUGGCGGAAUGUCUCCUGAUUACUUACAUUCAAUUUUACUUGGAACGAUAAAGCAACAUACAGAAUUAUUGUUUUCUUCGUUCGGGAAAGAAUAUUACAUAGGAAAUCCUAAUCAUGUGGAAAUAAUUAAUGAAAUACUAUUGAAAUUUAAACACCCGUCAUCGAUAACACGUUCGCCUCGAGACAUCAAUGAGAGAAAUAUGUGGAAAGCUACUGAGUGGCGUUCAUGGUUGCUUUUCUAUUCAUUACCAUGUUUAAAUCAAAUACUUCCACAGAAGUAUUUAGAUCACUUAGCGUUACUAGUAGAGGCUGUGACAAUCCUGUUAGAGGAAAAAAUAACAAGUGAAAUGCUGGAAAUUGCAGAUGAACUUCUCAUCCGAUAUGUUUGUUACUAUCAAGAGUAUUUUGGAAAGGAACAUAUGACAUACAACAUACAUUUACUUUUACACAUGGUAAAAAGUGUUAUGAACUUAGGUCCUUUAUCGGCACACAAUACUUUUUGUUUUGAAAAUGAAAAUCACUUCGUUCUGAAAAUGAAAAAAAGUCCGACUCAUGUAGGUCUGCAAAUUACGAGAAAGUAUUUCUUCCACAAGUCACUUCCUCUUCUGAGGCAACGUUUUAAACUUAGUGAGGCAUUUGAAAAAUUUUGCGAGCGAAAUCUAUCAGGUCGACUAAAAAAUACAUUGACAGUUGGUGAUUGCGUUUUAGUUGGAAAGGGUAGUAAAUACAAUUUAAGUGUGGUAGAAAAGCAAGCAAUUGAUUUUGCUUCAGACGAAUGUAGUUCUUACAACAGAUUAAUUUAUAAUAGAAACCGUUAUACCUCAGAGAGCUAUCGAAUAUGUCAAAAAAUUAACGAUACAAUAAUUAUGUUGAAAAAUGGUAAUAACGGAGUGAUUACGAAUAUUUGUUGCUUUAAUAACGUGAACGGAAAAGAAGUAAUAAUUAUAUUUUAUCGAGAAAUCAAACACACCGGAAAGUUUUUUCACUCUACUCAAAACGUAACUGUCCAUAACAUUCAUGAGUGCCAUAUAACUGAUACUAUACGGGCAUGCAAACCAAAUUCAAUAAUACGACCAGCAAUAUUACAGAAGAUUGGGGAAUCAAAUUAUAUAAUAAAUAUACCGAAAGGGUGUGAUGGUGAUUAA